GCAGCGGCGCUGCUGGCCGCGGUCCAGCCCGGCGCACUAAUACAGGCUGGCGGCUCCCGCCUGACUGACGCCGGCCGGGGCUGCUGUUGCUGCUGCUGCUGCUGCUGCCGCCGCCGCCGCCGCCGCUGCCGCUGCGCCCUGGCCCCGCCGCCGCCACCACCACCGCCGCCGCGCAGCUGCAGCCCCGCUCCCGCCCGCGGCGCGCCGAGACCCCCCAACCCGCGCCCGGUGGCAGGCUUCAUCAGCAGUUUCUUGAUGUUUGGAAAGUUCUGAGACCCACCCCAUUGGACUAUUUGUAACCAGUGCCUAAGACUACAAAAACAUAUGUGUGGAAGAACCUUUCCUUGAAGGAAGUGUCCAUCUCAAUAUUGUGGAAACUCCGUGCAAGCCUUGCAAGGCAGGAGAGCGAUUUGUGCUUCCAUUGACGCUCGUCUGUAAUCUCUGCUUCUUAUGCACUCCAGCACCCCUAUCAGUUCCUUGUUCUCCUUUACCAGCCCUGCAGUGAAAAGGCUGCUGGGCUGGAAACAAGGAGAUGAAGAGGAAAAGUGGGCAGAAAAAGCUGUUGAUUCCUUGGUGAAGAAGUUAAAGAAGAAAAAAGGUGCCAUGGAAGAACUGGAAAGGGCUCUGAGCUGCCCGGGUCAGCCCAGUAAAUGUGUCACGAUCCCACGUUCCUUGGAUGGGCGGCUGCAGGUGUCUCACCGCAAGGGGCUUCCCCACGUCAUAUACUGCAGAGUGUGGCGCUGGCCUGAUUUACAGUCUCACCAUGAGUUGAAACCACUGGAAUGUUGUGAGUUCCCAUUUGGCUCAAAACAGAAAGAAGUGUGCAUUAACCCCUACCAUUACCGGCGGGUGGAAACCCCAGUCCUACCUCCAGUACUCGUUCCAAGACACAGCGAGUUUAACCCUCACCUCAGCCUCCUUGCCAAGUUUCGAAACACUUCUCUGCACAGCGAGCCGCUGAUGCCGCACAAUGCCACCUAUCCUGAUUCUUUCCAGCAUCCUCCAUGCACCCCUUUUCCAUCAUCACCCAGCCACAUGUUCUCCCAGUCGCCUAACAGCAUCAGCUACCCCAACUCACCAGGAAGCUCUUCUGGACCAGGAAGUCCCUAUCAGCUCACAGUGGAAACUCCACCGCCGCCUUACCAUGCAAGAGAACCUCCAGGAACCCACAAUGGGCGGUCAAUGGAUGCAUUAGCUGAAAGUCAACUAGUGCUGUCUUUGCCCAAUGGAGGUAAAUCUGCCGAUGGAGAAGCUGAAAACUUUCGGCCUGUUUGCUAUGAGGAACCCCAACACUGGUGCUCAGUUGCCUACUAUGAACUCAACAACCGUGUAGGGGAGACUUUCCAGGCUUCCUCUCGAAGUAUCCUUAUAGAUGGAUUUACGGAUCCCUCAAAUAACAAAAACAGGUUCUGCCUGGGACUGCUCUCAAAUGUAAACCGCAACUCUACUAUAGAAAACACACGGAGACACAUAGGAAAAGGUGUUCAUCUUUACUAUGUCGGUGGGGAAGUUUAUGCUGAAUGUGUCAGUGACAGCAGUAUUUUUGUGCAAAGCCGCAACUGUAACUAUCAGCAUGGUUUCCACCCAGCCACCGUCUGCAAGAUCCCCAGUGGCUGCAGCCUCAAGAUCUUCAACAACCAGCUCUUCGCCCAGCUGCUUGCCCAGUCAGUCAAUCAUGGUUUUGAAGUGGUGUAUGAGCUGACCAAGAUGUGUACUAUUCGAAUGAGCUUUGUUAAAGGCUGGGGAGCAGAGUAUCAUCGCCAAGAUGUUACAAGCACGCCCUGCUGGAUCGAGAUCCACCUGCAUGGACCAUUGCAAUGGCUGGAUAAGGUGCUGACACAGAUGGGCUCACCUCAUAACCCCAUCUCCUCGGUCUCUUAAGAAUCAUCUCUAGAAUUCCCUUAGGAUGGAUGCUAUUGCAGGCAGUGGCUUAUAGGAUCUCCAGUGAACAGAAGCUUCUAUAUGUAGAUGUAUGUAGAUGUAAAUAUAUCUAUACAUAGUCUCCUUUUUGUUUUUUUCAUGCUACGUUUUGUGGUUUCUAGUUAUUCUGAUGCCAGUACAAUAAGUUUAGAAAUUCAGGUGUAGCAUAUCUGUUCUCUAGUACAAAAUAAGCCAAAUUCCUGCAAAAGUGUCAAACAUUUCCUGUAAGCAUCUUCAUUCCCCAGCCAAGCCAGUAAAUGGUGCGAAUUCUGAGCACUUCCAUGUGGAUUCAGAAACGUGGCUGUAGCUGUUCCUAGUAGGUGAAAUUCACCCCUCUGCAGGCAACCAAAAUCAGAUCUCUGCACCAUUUAUAUCCGUUUUACAUCCUAAUUCCAGGUCUAAAAGAGGACCUUAGGUGGUGCACAGGACUUAUGCAUAGAGAUGACUUUUAUCCAGUGAACUGAAGGACUAAACUGCAAUUCCAGUCUGUCUCCCUGCUGCAAAGCACGAUGGGACAACAGAUCCUUCGAGGAGCUGAAGCACCCCUGUCUCCCUUAGGAUUUGUCAGGAGGAGAGAGCCCUCGGGACGCGUUCGGCACUGGAGCCUUAUCAGAGCAUUAUGGACAUAUCCAAGUAGUCUGAUACUGCUAAGUCAGUAGCGUACGGUACCGCUGCACUGAAAUGCAAAAAGCUCCUAAGAAAAAAAGAAAAAAAAAAAAGAAAAUUUGAAAUAUAUGCCUAUAAGUUAAAAACUAACUAACUUCCAGUGCUUUUUUGCAAAGUACAUACAUACUUGCAUAUGUAUCUGGCAUGUAAACUGAAUCCUAUCCAUUAUACAGUAUUGAUGUAGUUUGUUUUAAAGUUAGGACUGUCUGUAGUUAGACUACUGUGCUGAUACCAAGGGUACGUCAAAAGGGACUUGAACUGUGAUUCAAAAAAGGGAAAUGAAGUGCGCAUUGAAGAACCGAAUAAUUACUUAUGGUUCAUCUUGGCAUAGUUUCCAUACUGGGAACAGGAAGCCCCACGCUCCCAGGAUGCAAAGAGAAGGAGGUGGGAGCCAGCCACGUCCACCCCCUGCGCUGGGCCAGUCCUCGCAGUCUGACUGCAGCUGGGUUUGAGAGAGAGGGCUUCCCCGCCAGUCGCUCCGUACAUCCCCAUGGAUGGUUCCUCGUCUUCGAUACUACGGGCUUCAUCAUUUGCAGUGCUUUUGCCUUGCCUGCAGAGGAUGGUGAGGUAGCGUAAGCCGCGAUCAAGCAAAGAGUGGGUCUUUGUGCAGAACCUUUUUUAAAAGCUCCCUGUCUGUGGUCCUUCUGUACAUGGGGAAACGCGUUGCCCAUAAUCUCAACCGCAGAGCUAGCCUUACAAAAUGCUGUUCACUUGGUAACCUGUUCUGAGGAGGGAGCUGAAACUCUCAUUACGUUUGGAUGGUCUCCGUUACCUUGCUGAAAGGGUAGACGAUUGUUUCUUUCCAGGUGUAACAGUCCACCGAAAAUUGUUUUGCUUCAAGGGUCAGAAAGAGUGAUAACUUCUCCAAUCUCAUUCCUCCUUAGAACACACCAGAAGUAUCACAAGGAAAAAAAAAAUGUUUUAUAGGAUGUGUCUUUACUUCUCACACAAUAUCUGGUGCUACAUAUUUUACUGCAUAAUUAGAAGAGGAUGCCUGAAAUCUUCAACUACAUCACAUAUUCAAUUCAAAUAGCAUUCACUGGAAAGACUUUCCCUGUGUUUUAGAUGCUAUGUAAUACUUAGAUGCUGCGUAAUACCUAUUAUGGGGUGGUAAUUACGAGGAGAAGAAUCAGUAAACUAGCAGGGUUACUUCGUUUGAAUGCAUCUUCAGCUCCCUGCAGAAUUAGUAGGACACAGAGGAUAAACUUUUGUUAAGUUUGAGCAGUAAUAGCAAGUCAUACAGGAAAUUUGUAAAUGCAAAGAACCCUAUUCUGUCACCGUUUGACGUCAGCAGUGUCACUGUGGGAUAGGAAAGGCUUUACAGUCUCCCGUAGCAAUGGAAUCCAAUAAUAAUGUUACACAGAAAUUCCAGGUGUGCCAUUUACUGUUUAGCAGACUUGAGAGACAUCAGUUUGGAAAAAGACGUUUUCCUCAGCUCUCUGCUCUCUCUGUCAUCAGUGUCACUGUACCGAGGUACAGAUAACACGUUUUUUAGCAGGUUUAUUGCACCCUUUCUCCAGUAAUUUCUCUGUGCUUUUCAUGUUGCUCAUCCCUUUGCUUUCUUAGCAGCUGAGAACAGAGAAAAUCACCUCUCCUGUCCCGGAUCUAGCUCUGUCCUUUAUCCUAGAUUCUUCCUUGCCUUUUAGGCUGAAACUUCCUUCCCACCUAAUACAGAGCAAAGCCUAGGGGUUUGCUUUUAGACAUUCCCAGCAUUGUCAUCUUCCUCGCGGAGAGCAAAGGGGGACGUUCUGAGGUGCAUCUGCUCUUGGGCAUCUCCAGAACCCAGUUUCCUACCAAUGCUGCAGAUGAAAAUCAGAUGACCAGUGAAGAGAAGCAGGUUCUUCUGGGGCAUCAUUCAUUUCAUCAUAAGGCAGGUAUUUCAAGGACGUGAAAUACACUGCGCUCUGAGCGUUCUUAUGUCUUCCUGUUGAGUAUAAGGGGAGCUCAGGGUCACUAGCUCAAACAUGGACUGCUACCCUGGGCAUAUCCAAAAGUAGGUGAGGUGGGCCCUGGGGAAGGUGUGGUGGCUUUCCCUGCCUAGUCAUGAUGCUUGCUCAGGAAGCGUCUGUGUUGUUUAAAUGGAAAUUGGUAAAUUCAGAGCAAUUUUUUCCUUUCCUGUAUGUCUACUUUUACAGCAGUCCUCAUACAAAUAGGAUUUGGCUUCAGUGCAGUCCAUACUUGCAUCUCAUUAAAGGUAGUCACCUUAAUAUUCCCUUACUAGUAAGUAAAGAAGCAUUUUUGGAGAAUGAUUCUCCUGACCUGUUUAAAAUAUGUGCAACAGGAUGAGAUUAAUUUCAGCAAAUAAAACUGUUUGAUCAAAGCACCUGACUGCCCAGAGAGGUGCCAGCGAGGUGGUAGAUGCCCCAUCCCUAGAAACAUUCAAGGUCAGCCUGGACGGGCCUCUGGGCAACCUGAUCUAGUUGAAGAUGUCCCUGCUCAUUGCAGGGGGGUUGGAAUAGAUGACUUUUAAAGGCCCCUUCCAACCCAAACUAUUCUGUGAUUCUAUGAUUCUGAGCGAUCAACGCCAACAGCCAUCUCAGAGUCGUUAGCGCUUGGGGCGGCUGGUAUCACCGCGUGAACUCUUUCCUAUUUUGGUGGCCACUGGGGGCUUAGUCCAUUGUAUGAGAUGCUGUGCAAACACGCAGCAGCUGGCAGCUCCUUCCCAAGAGAAGGGGAGAGCUCACGUCACGAGGGAGAAGUGGUAACAGUGCAGGAGGCAAGCGAGCAAAUAGGAAGAUGAUCCCUGCCCCGAUGCAGUGCUAAAAAGUAAGGCAAAUAAACCAUUUAUUUCCCUUUCUUUUUUAACUAGGUCUCUCUUACAGGCUUCUCUGCUAUGUGAUUUGAGAUCACUUAGAAAUUCAGGUUUCUCAUAAUUUACAGCAGUGUAGCUUUAUAUCUCACUUUAAUGUCUCCUCAUUUUGGAAGGAGAUGUUUUCUGCUGAAAGGUCUUCAUGAACCUAUCAACCCGUAGUCAAUUUAAAGCCUUUAAAUGCACUCAUUAAUACUCAAGCUUUGGAGAUAGGCUUCCUGAGAGAUUUAAAACCACUUACAGCAAGACUACUUAGUUGAAGGCAAAUUUUUUAAAAUGUUUUUUUUUAAGCCAUCAACAAUUCGAACCCUCUUGGAAGUUUCUGUGGAGAAGUACCACACAUCAGCAGGCAGUGGUGGGGAGUUUGAUCAGGCGGUGGCAUAAAGCACAUUCCUCAUGGUACGUCAACCGCUUGUUUUUCUGUUAAGUAGCCGAGAGAAGACGACUGCUUAAUUGCUGCCAGUUUGUCAGCAGCAUCAGUAUUAAUGUGCCAUUUGCAUCCAGAGGUGACGGAAGCACAUCUGGCACGCCGACUCCAUGGAGCCAUUCAGUGGCACUGCUGCUCUGGUGGCUCGGUCCCAUACCCUCGCAUGUAACUGCUGAUGGGGCUCCAGCAAUGGCUGCAGCAUUCAGAAGCGCCGCACGUGCGUUGCCUCCCCAUCAGAGCCUGCCCCAAGAGCGUCUUUUCUCCUCACGAGCAUUUCAUGUUUUGCUGCGCUCAGGCAGAAGGAUAAUGUAUCAGCAACGUGAAGGGGAACUGUGGCCCUGGGUUAUGGCAACUGGAGUUGAGGAAAUGCCUUCCCUGUGUCCAGCAGGUACAGCGUCACGACUUCCACCGCCCUGAGCAGCCUUCUCCAAGUGGUCCCUGCCUUGUGUAGGGCGUCAGGCUUGAUGCCCUGCAGAGAUCCCUUCCGAUUCACAUUAUUCUGUGGGUCUGUGCAGAGAUUCAAUGAUAGCUGGCUGCCACAGGCGGGAGCUCUCUGUUAGUAGAGGCAGCUUCAGGACGAAGCAUGUUUAUCCUCAGCUAUUGCUGCAUGAGCUCAGUGCAGGACAGAGGGACGAGGUAUUAAUGUUCCCUCAGUAUAUAAUCAGCACUGCAAACAUCUCUCACUGUAAACAUCAUCUCCACCCCACAACUCUUGAAAUGGAGAAAAUCGGGCAUUUGUGACUGUAACUUUAUCUAGUCUGCCCUUGUUCUUCCUGGCUUACAACACUCACCUUUGCCUAUAAGUUCUACGAAUCAGAAAGUCUCAUCACCAGCGACUGAGGAGCUGCACAAACAGCUGGAUCUGCAGGGGCAGCUCAGGCAGAGACUAUCUGUUUCUUGGCUGGAUGGAAAUGAUUUAUAAAGAAGCUUGAUCGAAUUUAGUAACUCUGAAGGGGUCUCAAGUAUAUGGCCAAUUUUUUUGGCUCAUUAGAGACUUCUCUAGUGCAGCUAUAGCUGAAAGCUGUAGCUUUCGGGCAUACUUGAGCACCACAUGGCACUCAACAUAGGAAAGAAACGUUUCAUCCUCUGUAUUAUUCACCUCUCCCCCUGGCUCCCCAUAAUGUAACAGUAAAACCAAAACCAAACACAAUAAAGAAAGAUUAAUGAGUCAUAGGGUAGAGUAAUUAAAUACCGUUUUUCAAAGUUGAGAGGUGCUGCCCAGAACGCAGAUUUGUAUCAUCAGAAAUGUACUGAAUGUAACAUGUCCCAUGUGCUUGCCAAGCCAAAAGCGAGAGCUCCUUGCUCUGGAGAAGCCUGGAGAGCAGGCUCUUGAACCUCUGAAACCAACCAAACCCUUCUGGGUGAGUGGAAACUCUACCAAUGGGGCUGAGAAGAUUUUUAGAGGACUUCUAGUUCAUGGUUGGUUUCUGCAGCCAGAGGUGCAUUGAGAGGAUGAAGGGACUGGGGAGGAGGGAGCAUAUGACCAGAUAUGCUCAAUGGUCAUCACAGGAGGUGUGAAGGCAGUACGUGCUUGGGCAGCCAUUGUGUUCACUAGAGCUUUUUACAUUCACAUCCAAACUAACCAUCAAGACCAUCAUUUAAGGACACUAGAAGCACAUCCAGUGUGUGCUCCCCAAAUUAAACUGCAGUCCCAACAGAAACUGCACAACUGAAAGACACCGAUUAUAUAGCGUCUACCUGGGAAUUGCAACAAAGCAACUCACUUCACGCAUAGGUGGGAAAUUGCAGUGCCCAAAGGAAGAUGGAAUCAGCAGGAGCCUUCACAGGGGCUCCUGACUACGGAAUAACAUUUGUAACAGGAACUAAGCACAGACAAGUGGCCUCCCCUGAGAGCGACUAAGAGGUCGGGUCACCAUCGAAAAAAUAGAGUUGGUCGCAUCUUGCAGCGGGAAGAGAGAUUAUAUGAGACUAGGUCUGUGAAUAGAAAGCUUCUCAACAUGGAGGCUUCAUUGCAGUCCCUGAAACAGGGCUUCUUCCUAACGGCAGCUCUGGGAGUACCUUACUGCAAGGUACAGAAAGCCUGAGCGGGCAUCGAGUCUGUUCAGCAGAGAGAAACCGCUUUGUGUAUCUAGUGCAGAGAGACGCUUAUGCGUGCUGGGCACCAGCACAACACACAGCUUUGGGUUUGUACCCAUCAUCUACUCACAGGAAGCUCCGGAGUGGCCAGGAGCAGCCAGGAUCCUGUUACUUGUUCCCCCCAGGGCUUUCCAAACAGCUUGCCCAGGUGUGCCUUAUGCUGUAUUGCCAUAUUGAUGCCACACUUUCCUGCCAGGGAGGUGAGACGUGUGAGAGUCCUAUCAAGAGGACACCUCCACUUGCACCUGGGCCAUGCUUGCAAACUCGGUUGCCCGUACAGAUAACGAGUCUAAUUUGCAGGCCACGUCUCUAAUGCAAGGUAGACAUAACCACUACGUCCUCCGGAGUCAGCUACUCUCCCAUCAUAGCCAAUGUGAACAUUUGCAGCUAAUUGUGAACAGUUUUUAGAUCUUCAGUCGUAGUGUUUUUAUUAUCCAUGGAUGCUGCUAUUUUGUAUUCCGUGUUAGUAUUCAAAUAAUAUUGCGUAUGAAUAGCAUAGGAAGGAAUAGACCAACCAGUUAAUAAUUUUAAAUACAGACCUCAUCAGCAAAGAAAAGCUAGAAAAAAACUUGGUAAAGUCUGACCCCUUGCACUUUCACAGUAGGGAGCACAUCAAAGUGUUUCAAAGUGUUUUUCUGAUGCUCAAGUGUGUCUUAAAUCUUAUUAAUUCAGUUACGGCCAUGAGAAGCUUUGCAAACAAGAGAGCAAGGGAACAAACAUAAUGAUGAGCAGAGGUAAUGCACAUUCACAUGAAUUUUCUUUGCUCACUCAAGCAAUUGGAGUUUUUAAAUUAUUUAUAACACUUUUUAACUACAAGUUAAAUGUACCACAGCAUACUUUCUGCAGAAAAUUUGCAAUUUCAUCCCUCAUUUCAGUAUCGCCUCUGUGAUAUAAAUUGGGAUGAGAAGCGAGACAAGAAAGUGAAGAAACAGGCCUUUUUGUGUGGAUCAACGAAGCCAAAAGGUUCUAUGCAGUCGAGGGGACAAAAUGGUGGGUUUGAGCGAGGUGUGGGGUUUUUUUUGUGUUAAGUAUGAGCUAUCGCAGGCUGGCGCAGAAAAGAGCCGUGAAUCAUACAUAGAUUCAGUAGCGUCACUUCUGUCUAUGAACAAUUCUGCCUUCUCUUUUCCAUCAGAAUCGAGGCAAAACGUCUGCACCACCCAGAAGAAAGUAUUAUUCACAGUCAGUGAUAUUCUGUAAAACAGUGUAAAUUGCUGUAUAAAGAACGCUCUUUGGACUCUUGCCUCUUGAGAAUGAAAAAUCUCAGGCGUACUUAGUGCCAAGAGUCUGAGAGAUGGGGGCAGCGCAGAGUCCUCCGCUCAGCCCCAGGGUACUCUAUCCCAUGCUCUGUCGUAUCAAAAAAGAUGGAACAACUGCUAAUCAAGUGGACAUUUUCACAAGCAUUCCUCCCGCUGCAUUUGGUUUGAGGCAUUCGGAAGUCAACAUAUUUAGUCUGACGUUUGAACAAUACACUUUUUAACACACUCCAUUUCCUUUGGCUGGAAUUAUUCUAUUGUAAAAGGGAUUAUUCACGUCUUGUG